CUUAAAAUUUACUCAACGGAUGAAGCGUUGAAGUCAUCGUCACACGAACACGCCAACUUGCACAUUCAAGGACAUCCAUUAGGAGAGUGGUACAGGACGAAGACAGCACCCAUCACGCCAGCAACUUCUGGCCUUGCUAACAAUUCGGCAGUCGGUAUGCUAAGACAUUCCUCAUUGCAAUAUGUGGAUAACACAUCGAAUGCUGGGGAAUAUGAGUGGGUCCAUAGAAACCAGACGGCAAUGGAAUGCUCCGAAAACUGGGCGGAAUACUAUGGGUCAACCGAGAGGACAGCUGAUUCGAGACAUUCGUACGAUUUCAAAGUCCUGUUUCAAGAGUGCGAAAAUAUAAUCAAUCUCGGGUUGGUAGCGAGCAAUAACCACUAUCUGCAGCAAAAGAAGGAGCAUGGUCCUGAAGCAGCUAUAUCUGGCCGGGUUGAUCUUUCGGUCGAGCUGGACAAACUGAAGAUUAACUCACAUGAAUUUCCUCAAGGCAAUUCUUUCCAGCGGCAUCCAUCCUUUCCUGUACCUGUCCUUCAAUCUAAUGAUUCGGUUUGGGCGCUCAAGAAUUCGUUAUUGCACAAUGUGGAAAAUACACCGAAGGCUGAGGGAUUUGACUGGGCCCAGAGUAACCUGGCGGAAAUGGAUGGCCCGGAAAACUGGGUGAACAGCGAUUUGAUAUGCAAUGGGAGAACCGUUUCCAGUAAUCCCUACAAUUUUAAUGAACUGACUCAAGAGUGCCAAAAUCUAAAUAGCGGAAAUGGCUCUUCGGAUAAUGUAAAUGUCAAUGAACUUUCCAGCUAUUUUGACGACAUUGUCCAUAUUCCCAAGAAUAUGACAGAAUGGGCUGAUCGAAUGUACACUUGAAUGUAUUCCGGAGGAUUGAUUGUGUCGUAUGUCUUAGAAUAAGCGGGCAUGGGAAUGUGCAUUUUUAAACUAAAAUUUGUUAAGAACUUGAUGAGGGGGGUGGUGGGGGUCGGUUAAAAUAUAUAUUUCUGUCAUUUGC